CGGUUGCAUGUCGGAGGAAAGGAGAGCGGGAGAAAAGAGAAAGAACCCUCAGCGCGCGGGCACUAACUACCGACAUUGCUGUGUCGCGAGGGAAACUAGGGCAUAUCGACUGGAAAAGCACACAGCUGGCUCCCCGCGAUGUUGUAACGAACUGCCCGUUUUCUGUAGUCGAUAGAUGAGCUGUGACCAGAUCUAACCACAGUCUGCAUGGUGAUCUCUAUUACUGGAACUCAGCUGUCUUCACCGCUCAACCUUGUGACUGCUCCCAUCCCACUGCCAUAGAGAUCUGCUCUUCCUCACCACAGCAGCAACAGCUAGCGAUCCAACGCUAGCAGCAUUUGAACCACCUCCAAACUUACUGUGGUUUGCUGCAACUGAAUUGCCAUUCAGUAACUUACACUGAUACUUCAGAAGAUAGUAAGCAAGUAGGCUAAUGUAAGUUAAGUCUCUGACAGUUAAGUUGUCCUCCACUGCAGUUCUUUGGCAGAAAUUCUUGCCAAUGAGAAUUGGUUCCCAACUGACCUAGCAGGUUAGAUAAAGGACAAAUAAAGACAAAUAGAUAGAUAGAUAACUAAUCAGAGUUAGUGAGAUGGAUGAGUCGUACAACAACAGGAUGUCGCUGGUGAAGGGCGCGAAGGACAUCGCCAAAGAGGCCAAACGCCACGCCGCCAAGAAGGUCAGCAAGAUCGUGAACCGUGUUACGGAAGAGUACUCCUCCCAACACAACUACAGCCAGUUCCAGAACGAGGACAAAGACAAUGACUACACGUUCUACACACAGCCCGACAGCAAUGGCCACUUUCCCUGCAGCCGCACCGCCAACGACGAAGACGGCGAACACUACGCCAGUGACGCCACAGAGGGUCAUGAUGAUGAAGAUGAGAUCUACGAGGGGGAGUACCAGGGCGUGCCUGCUUACACUGACAGGAAGCCCAGGGAUGGGCAGGAUUCUCUGGGUCAACCUGUCUCAGACAGCCUGAGGGACCGUAAGGAGCUGGAGCUGGAGAGGCAGGCGGACGAGGAGGAGCUGGCCCAGCAGUAUGAGCUGAUCAUGCAGGAGUGUGGCCACGGCAGGUUACAGUGGCAGUUGUUCUUCGUGCUGGGCAUGGCGCUGAUGUCAGACGGUGUUGAGGUGUUUGUGGUGGGGUUCGUCCUGCCCAGCGCCGAGACUGACAUGUGUGUUCCCAACUCUGGAGCUGGGUGGCUAGGUAGCAUAGUGUACCUGGGGAUGAUGGUGGGGGCUUUCUUCUGGGGGGGUCUGUCAGACAAGGUGGGCCGUAAGCAGUGCCUGCUCAUCGCUAUGUCUGUCAACGGCUUCUUCUCCUUCCUCUCCUCCUUUGUCCAGGGGUACGGCAUGUUCCUCUUCUGCCGCAUGUUUUCCGGCUUCGGGAUUGGUGGGGUGGUCCCCAUCGUGUUCCCCUACUUUGCAGAGUUCCUGGCGAGGGAGAAGAGAGGAGAGCACCUGAGCUGGCUCUGCAUGUUCUGGAUGAUAGGAGGGAUCUAUGCCUCGGCAAUGGCCUGGCUCAUCAUACCACACUAUGGAUGGAGUUUCAGUAUGGGCUCCGCCUAUCAGUUCUACAGUUGGAGAGUGUUUGUGGUGGUGUGUGCUCUACCCUGUGUGUGUGCUGUCGUAGCACUCACCUUCAUGCCCGAGAGCCCACGAUUCUUCCUAGAGAUGGGUAAACAUGACGAGGCAUGGAUGGUGCUGAAACAGAUCCAUGACACCAACAUGAGGGCCCGCGGAGAACCAGAGAAAGUCUUCACCGUGAACAGAAUAAAGCUCCCUAAGCAUCUGGGUGAAUUGGUAGAGAUGCAGUCAGACUCAUCCAACCCUGUUGGCCAAGUCCUCUUCAGGAUCAGGACUGAACUCAGAGGGAUCUGGUUAACGUUCAUGAGCUGUUUCAACUACCCAGUGAGAGACAGCACCAUCAAACUGGCCUUCGUGUGGUUCACACUGUCUUUUGGGUACUAUGGCCUAUCUGUGUGGUUCCCUGAUGUCAUCCAUCACCUGCAGUCUGAUGAGUAUGCCUCCAGAGUGAAGACUCACAACAACGAACAUACAGAAGACUUCACCUUUAACUUCACCCUGGAGAACCAGAUACACACCAACGGAGUAUUCGUCAACGACAGGUUCAUCAGUAUGAAGUUGAAGUCUGUCACCUUUAUAGACUCUACGUUUCAGAACUGUUACUUUGACGACGUGUCAACGGUGGGCUCAUUAUUCAAGAACUGCACCUUCGUAGAAGCCUUCUUUUAUAACACAGAUAUUGACGAUUCUAAGCUGGUGGGGUCGAGGGUGAUCAACAGUUCGUUCCACCACAACAAGACGGGCUGUCAGAUGACCUUUGAUGAUGACUACAGUGCCUACUGGGUCUACUUUGUCAACUUCGUGGGGACGCUCGCCGUGUUGCCCGGCAACAUAGUCUCCGCCCUUCUCAUGGACAAGAUAGGGCGCCUGAGCAUGCUGGGGGGCUCCAUGGUGCUGUCAGGCAUCAGUUGUUUCUUCCUGUGGUUUGGGACAAGUGAGUCUAUGAUGAUCUUCAUGCUGUGUCUCUAUAACGGCCUCAGUAUAUCAGCCUGGAACUCCCUGGAUGUUGUUACUGCUGAGCUCUACCCGACUGACAGGAGGGGUACAGGUUUUGGGUUCUGUAAUGCCAUGUGUAAGCUGGCAGCGGUGUUGGGGAACCUGAUCUUCGGCUCUCUGGUUGGCAUCACAAAGACCAUCCCCAUCCUGCUGGCGUCGGCUGUACUAGUGGGAGGAGGCCUGGUGGGACUACGACUGCCUGACACACGCGGCCACGUCUUGAUGUAGAACUACACUACCCAGCAGUCUCCACUCAUGUACCCAUUAGGCUUUAGUUGAACACUUUAAGACAGUGGUAUGUAGGCGUGUUCAAGUAAAGGGCUACAUGUUGAAGUGCAAAGUGCUAAAGUGCAAUUAAUCCAACAUUUUGUUAAGUUGUAUUCGGAAUAAAAGAGCCCUUGGCCAUAUUUUUUUUAACCUGAGGUACUCUGUACCUGCGACUAGAGGGGUGGAGCUGGAAUUCGGGGUGGAGUGCGUGGGAAGAGUUAUUUUAUUCACCUUCUGGAGGGCUCUGCCCAGGUAGAGAGAUGAUUACUGUUUCUGCCCCAAGACCGGACUAUCUUGCCUAACCUAUUUUUCAACCUUGGCAUUCCCAAACCAGCUGUUUGUUUUAGGAUUAUUUGUUGUUGAAUAUCCAGGCAUUUCGUUUGGGGAGUUGAUCAAAAUUCAGCUCUGUUUAAGCAGAAAGCAGGAGGGUUUUAAUUUGAUGAGAUAUGAAAAAGCCAUUCUAAACCCAGCCUAAGUUUAAUCAAAGGUACCUAUUGCUGCUGUCCUCAGUGCUACGGGUCUGACAUGAAUACAAGUUAGGUGAUAAGAUACGUUCUUUAGUCAGCCUGGGUACCAUAGUUACAAUACGUUACAACAUAAUCAUUCUCUAAGGGCAGAAUCCUAACUAGAGAAGCGUCAAUUUAGGUUUCAGGCUUAAGCUCUUGUGAGCACAUGACUCUGUCAUGUUAAGGGACAUUUAACAUAUUUCACUGAAAGCUAAAUGUAUAGUUUGGAGUGAACUAUGCCUUUAACAUAUUCAUGACUUUGCAGUAUCAUAAUGGCAUCAUUGGAGUACGUGCUUUUGCAUUUGACCAGGUAUGGAUCAUUUGUGUAAAUGUACUGUGUGUGUGUGUGUGUGUGUGUAUGAUAUUGAGUGUGCGUGUAUAAUAUAUUGUAUAUAUUCAAACGUUGUUCAUUUCCCAUCCAUGGGUUGGGGUCGAUGUUAAUGAGUUGACUUGACUCACUGAAGUGUCUUGACUGGUUUCAAAUCAAACUUUAUUUGGCACAUGCGGCAAAUACAAGUGUAGACCUUACCGUGAAAUGCUUACUUACAAGCCCCUAACCAACAGUGCAGUUCAAGAAGAGUUCAUGGUUAAUGGUGUGUUAAUGAGUUUGUCUUUCAGCUUGUCCAACUGCAUCACUUGCAGCCAUCCAUCCCUCAUCACGUCACACUCUGUAUGAAACAAACUCUUUUAACUACACUUCUGUUAAAAUAGGAAACUUUGCAUGUGUGUUACUAAAGUCUUUCUGUUGUGUGUUCUUUUGUUGUGUCUCUGCUACAGGGAUGUAGUUGUAGAGAAACAUGAAGGUGGCUAAACACUGUAGCUGGUUGAGAUAACAGAGAGUAACAUAAACACUACGGGUAACAAUGCUAAGUUGGUGUAACAGCCAGGUGUGUUAACACUUUUCAUUUAAUAAACCAGUGGCGUUGUCCUUGUUUAGGUGCGCUUCCGAUCCACUACAUCCCUGCUGCAGCCAUUUUAAUCUGGAUCAACUGUGUCAUUCUGGUGAGUUCCUUGUUCUGUGGGCAGGUGUCCAUCCGUUCUUCUGGGUCAUUUUGACGAGGCAUGCAGUGGUGAAAUGACUGUUCUGUACGGAGCUACAGACAUGCUAUAGACCAGGACUAUUCAACUCCAGCCCCUCCAGAUCCCUCCACAGUACUGCUGGUUUCCUCUUCUCCCAUUCUGUCCCUCUUCUCACUGAUCAAUAUAUCAAAGUAUAGUGCUUUUUACAAAAACAUUUGUCACAAAGUGCUUAACCGUAACCCGGUCUAGACACAGAAAUAACAUGCAUGUCAUUGAUUGGCCAGAUAAUCCACUGACCAGGUCUGAAUCAGUCCCUGAUUAGAGGGGAAGGAUGAAAACCAGCAGUUCUGUAGUUAGUAAAUCUUGAGGCCCAGGUUUGAAUAGCCCUGCUGUAGACAAUACAUGGAGGUGUGUGUUAAACCAUUUGUCAAAUACCUGUCCUUGGUCUGAUUUACUUUGACUAGGGAAGGUUAACAGGUGCAAUGUAAACUAUGUCAUGACUGUCUUGAUCAGGUCAAGUUACAGGAGACCACAACCCUACAGAUUAUCCCUCAACCCCAACAGAGGAGGGGAGAGGAAGGGGUCUGAAAAUGUGGAGGGUUUUAUGGCCCCUCACGGCCCUGGUAAAUCUCAGGCCAUAGACAAAUGCCUAUGUCCGAUUACUAUUGAGAACCAGCCUCAGAACAUUAAACAUGAACUAAAGGGACUUUGGAACAAUGGUUUUCGUAAUGGUAGUCAUGACGAUAAAUGGAAUAUGAAAAUGUAUGUCAUUUUUGUUUUGUUAUUAAAGGUUAAUAGAUGACGUUAUUACAAAAAUAUUGUAAUGUGAAGGGUUUCCCUAGUAUAUGUUUGAUGUUUAUACAUUGUAGGUUGUAUGGAAAAUAUCCAAAUGAAAGAGAAUGUUUUGGGGAAGAUGAAAUGCUAAGUUAGUUGUCUAAAACUGGAUUUGAAUAAAACCUAGCCCUUGCCUCAUUAACUUUGUACGCCCAGAGAAUUGCCCUAAAGGCGGCUACGCCCACUUCUGACCCAAGGGUAUAAAACCUGUGAGUAUAGAAUUUACAGCAGGACUACGUGACCCCAGCUGCAGCGAGGUCUAAAAAGUCAACAAACCCAGAACGCAACGCAAGUUUGAAGACAAAGAAAUCAUUUUCUACCCAAGCUACGGAUGAGUAGCUGUGUCUAAGCGGGUGAAUUCAAGUCGAACCACCUAGCCUCCAUCUCCCAUCGAAUCGUGGUAUCUAAAGGGUUUCAUUCCUAUGCUGUGAGCUCUGAGCUACAGAGCUGUCUGUCCUCAGAAGACCCCUUCCAGAGUAAAGGGUGAGGGAACAGACUCCUAAGCCAAAAAGGACACUGACAUCGGGAGGACGAGCAGGGAGGUGCACAGUAGAAGUGCGUCAUCGAAUAGCGGAGCGAUCCACACAGAGAAUCCCCAGAGAUCAUCCCCACAUAAUUACAUCAUUAUAUUCUGACCCAUAAGAGCGGCAGUUUGGGGCAAGGCUAAGGUUAGAAUAGCAUAGCUGACAAAUUCACCCAAAUGUAUAUUUCUUGUGUACUUUCUUUUUUCUCUCUCUUUUGAAAUUCCCAUUGUGGGUAACACGCGCCACAGUAUGUUCUAAUCAAUAGCCUAUAAUGCGUUUUGUCUAUGUGUAUCUUUUAUCAUCAUUUGAGCUUUUUAGUAAAUAAAUAUAGUAAAUAAAUAUUCAACUAAGA